AUGGACCUUUUAGCAGCCUUGGAGACAAUACGCAAUGCAUCUGAUGCCACUCUUCACUCGCACGCAGCACAGACCAUUCUGACAAUCAGGACAAUCAGUCAACGUCUUCAGAGUCUAGAUCCUGGGUUCCACGCGACUCCUUUGGACCCGGGAAGCGUACAAUCUCCCCCACAUUCACCUCAAUCUUCGGAGACGACAACAAGUAAGGAGCAAGCCGGCGGGUCAGGCCCAAAGUCCCCUCAACCUCUUCAGGCGGCUUGGAGUAGUGAUUAUCAUGCAUUUUCCGGGGAACGCCCGGGCGUACCAUCUUCUCCACAUUCACCUCAACUUUUCCAAGCUAUCGAAAGGACGGCACUUAGAGACGACGUCGUCCUGUCAUCUUUACAAAUACCUCGCGCUCCUAGCUUAGAGGUAGCUCUUACCGUUCCGACCGCCCAGUCUACACCGGAUGGAGAAUAUUCCGGAAGCGCACGCCCGGAAUCAUCCCGUACUCCUCCGGACCAUGUCUCUCAGCUGCUGAAAGGUGUCAAAAAAUCAGCAGGUCUGAUUUGGAAAGUCAGCCGGGAGUCACCAAGUGCCCUAUUGUCUCGCAAGCGAAGCUCCGACGAGGACCCACGAUUAGACCAUAUAAGGUGUAUAGAAGGAGAUAGAUCACUUGGAAACAAGGAAAAGCUUCUGAGGGUUCUUGCACUCAGAUCGAUAGCUCUUGAGUUCACGAAAAAAGAGCAAGAUAAUGGAGUCUCUCCGACAAGGCGUAAUGCGCUCUACGAGCAGACCUUACUUCCAGUCGUCCCAGAUUCUUCUCGCGCCAACGUCUUCAAUUUUGGCAAGAAAGACUUCCUAUCAAAAUCCAUAGCGGCUGGUCUCAAGUACAUGGUCUUUGAGGAGGUCAUUGCCACUCACUGCCACAAUCUGCCAAGCAUAUGCGCUGCCAUCUCCGCCAUUGUUGCACUGCAGAUAGAUCAAUUUCGGAGACUUCGCUAUGACGAAAUGCAUUGCUUUGCGCAAAGACUGAUCUCAGACGAUGAAUGUAUCGAGCUUUCGAAUCAGAAGAUGCAUCUGCUCGAUCUUGUACGAAGCCUUAGCCCUUGGUUCAAUCAAGUACAAAAUGACUACAAUUGUGAGUCCACUUCGAAAAUCGACUUCUCCUACGCCGUAUUAAUGGUUCUUGAGUGA